CAACAACAAUCACCAAUGACAACGGAUGAGAAUGAUAAUAUUUCUCAUUGUCAACAACAACAACAACAACAAAUGCAAAUGAAUACAAAUUUUAUUACUGAUAAACGAAUGAUACAAUAUCCGGUAAUUAAAAAAGAAUGUAAUAAUAAUCAUCGUCAUUCUAUACAUCAUUUACAUCAAAAUUAUUUGGUUAUCGAUACAAAUCAUAGUAAUAGUGUUACUAAAAAAAUUGAUCCAAUAAUGAUUAAUGGACAUCAAAAUAGGCUUAGCCUACCAUAUGUUAGUCUAGUCCCAACAGAUGAUGAUGAUGAUGAUAAUGAUGUUGAUGAUGAUGAAGAUGUUGAAGGUCAAACAUCAGAAGAAAAAAUGGAAGAUGAAUUAAAUUCAUCAUCAUCGUCAUCUUGUUUAAAAAAUGCUGUUGAACCAAUUAAUUGUAAUAAAAUCAAAAUCAUUCGAACACGACCAAAACAAUCGAAAUUUCGAAUUUCAUUUAUGGUUCUAUUCAAAUCCUGUUUCUGUCGUGGCCCAAUGAUGAUGCGAGUAUUUUCGGCAUUAUUUUUUGCAAUAUCAUCAUUCUUAUUGGUUGUAAUCAACAAAAUUAUCUUGACAACCUAUCAUUUUCCUUCUGUAAUGAUUGUUGGUUUAGGCCAAGUGUUGGCCACUAUUAUUGUACUGAAUAUUUGUCGCCGUAUUGGUCUUAUUAAAUAUCCAUAUUAUUCACGUGAUGUGAAUGUUAAAAUAUCACCAUUGCCGAUAUUUUUUUUCGGCAAUUUAGUUGCCGGUCUUGGUUCAACUAAACGUUUAAAUCUUCCAAUGUUGACCGUGUUACGACGAUUCACCAUUCUAAUGACAAUGAUUGGUGAAUAUUAUAUUCUAGGUAUAACACAAUCUAUGACUAUUAAAAUGACCGUUUUCAUGAUGAUCGGUGGUGCCAUAAUUGCAGCCAGCAACGAUCUGGCAUUCGAUAUGAUGGGUUAUGUUUGUGUAUUGCUCAACGAUAUUUUUUCCACUUUUAAUGGUAUAUACAUGAAAAAGAAACUUGAUUCAAGGGAUUUAGGCAAAUAUGGAAUUCUAUAUUAUAAUGCUUUAUUCAUAUCGAUACCAUUAUUUCUAUUAUCAUUAUGUGUGGAUGAUUGGCGACAAUGUUUUCUUGAAUUUGAACGCUUGAAUUCACCUUGGUUUGUAUUGGCAUUUUUAAUGUCCAAUAUAAUGGGAUUUGUAUUGAUGUAUUCAACGGCAUUAUGUACACAAUAUAAUUCGGCAUUAACAACAACCAUUGUUGGCUGUUUAAAGAAUAUUCUAGUGACAUUUAUUGGAAUGUACAUUGGUGGUGAUUAUAUAUUUUCUAUUGUAAAUUUUAUCGGCCUUAACAUAUCGAUGAUUGGCAGUCUUAUAUAUUCGUAUGUGAUAUUUGUGCACAAAUCUUCUCAAUCAUCAUCAUCAUCAUCAUCAACAACAUCGUCAACAACAACAACAAUGUCAUCAUCAUUGCCGGAUUCUAAAAAACAAUCAACAGUGAAAGAAUAAUGUCAACCAGUCAGUCAGUCAGCCAGUCAGUCAGUCAGUCAAGAGAAUUAAUAUAUAACAAUUUAAAACAUUUAGAGAGAGAGAGAGAGAAAAAAAAAUCAAAAUACAUCAGAAUCAAUAAAAAAAAAAACGAAUGAUCGAAGUGAAAGAGAAAGAGAUAUUACCCGAUUACAUUUGAUCUUUGAUUCAAUUCAAUUCAAUUUGAUUCGGUUUCUCUCUCUCUCUCUCUCUCUCUCCCAACGGCAAAUUCCAAUGUAUAAAUGGUUUGGUUGUCUUACACUUUUACUUACACAACACACACACACACACACACACACACACACGAAUACGACAAACUUUGGUCAGAUAUAUUUUUUUUUCUAUAUGUUUCUUUUCCUUGUCAUGUUACAUGUUAUAGAUUAUGUUUCUGCAAACGAUCAAAUAUAAAAAACAUACAUACAUACAUACACACACAUACACAAUAGGACAAAAAAAAUAGAUUUUUCUUGCCAUUUUUUUUUUUUUUUUAUUCUUGCUGUCUUCAUAUUUGAAAGCUUUUCUUUUUUUUGUGACCAAUUUUUUUCAUUCAUUCAUUCAAUGAAUGGAAAAUAAAUUGAUUAUAUAUUGUGCCCGAUAUAUAUAAAAAAAAGAUCUUAGCAUUACACACAAUCAUCAAACAAGAAAAAAAAUUGCCAAACAAAACACGAUGACAUCCAUAUCGUGAAUGGCCAGUGUGUGAUAAGAACAAAAACAAAAAAAUGCCAUACGGAUAUAUGAUGAUGAUGAUGAUUUGAUUGUAACAAUUUCAAUUUUUCAAUUCUGCAGUUCUGUUUUUAAAUUUCAUUUUUUUUCUCAAUUUUUUUUUGCUUACCACUUAUUCUAUACAUAUUCUUAUAUUAUUUACAUAUGAAUAAAUGUUGUCAAAUUUUCACUUUUGCUCAA